GCCGUACGCUGCUCUGCUCCCUCCGCACGCCUGCCCGCGCCCACCAUGGCCACCGUUCAGCAGCUGGAAGGAAGAUGGCACCUGGUGGACAGUAAAGGCUUUGAUGAGUACAUGAAGGAACUAGGAGUGGGAAUAGCUUUGAGAAAAAUGGGUGCGAUGGCCAAACCAGACUGUAUCAUCUCUUGUGAUGGCAAAAACCUCACCAUAAAAACUGAGAGCACUUUGAAAACAACACAGUUUUCUUGUGUCCUGGGAGAGAAGUUUGAAGAAACUACAGCCGAUGGCAGAAAAACUCAGACUGUCUGCGACUUUAAAGACGGCGCAUUGGUUCAGCAUCAGGAAUGGGAUGGGAAGGAAAGCACAAUAACAAGAAAAUUGAAAGAUGGAAAAUUAGUGGUGGACUGCGUCAUGAAUGAUGUCACCUGUACUCGGGUCUAUGAAAAAGUAGAAUAAAAAUUCCAUCAUCACUUUGGACAGGAAUUAGCUGUGAGAAUGAACAAGCUCAGUUCAAUGAGCAAAUCUCUAUACUGCUUUUUUUUUUUUCACUACUGUGUUCAAUUAUCUUUAUCAGAAACAUUUUACAUGCAACUAUUUCAAAAUGUUGUUUUAAUUUGGAUCAUCCUUUUGGUUAAUAAAUAAAUGUGUUUGUGCUAAUA